GUGUUAUUUUUCGACCGAGUGCCCUUUCAGCCAUCUACCUAGCUCUACUAUGCUACGUUCCGUUCGUGCCAGUGCCUACGGAGGGCACGAUGCGUGGCCACACCGGAAUUUUCCUCAAACUACUAGUUGGCCUGUCGGUGGUUACGACGUUGGGUCAUGCAGCCUUUCAGGUCGCACUUGUUUCGAUGCCGCCGUAUGCACAUUUUCUCAAGUCGGACCCGUUCCUGGAGAAGCUGCUCCGCCAUAUGGGUCUGGUGCGAAUAGACACCUUAUCUUACCGAGACGUCAUUGUGUGGCUGUCACCAGAAAUCUUAAUGCUGGUUAUCUCUGUGUCUUUUCUGGUAACACUUCGCAAGCUCUCAGCUCCGUCACCUGUACUACUAGCUAUUGAGGACCCUUCAAGUGGAGCAGGGGACACCACAAGAAGCACUUCAGCUAAAGAGAGGAGAAAAAAGAGUUAUGGAUUAUUCGUUAGUGUGGGUAGAUUUUGCGUGUUGUUCGCUCUAUGCAUGGCAGCCGUCCUCCGACCUUCAGUAUCUGGAGGUCUGUAUUUCCUAGUGUUCCUAUCUACAGCAACCUGGUGGGCAGGUUGCAAGCAACUUCGCAAGGGCUUUGCCGUCAUUAUGAUAUGCCUGGCUCCCAUCGUAGUAGCCCAUCUGUUUUGUCUAUACGCCUAUCAGCUGCAGUGGAUGCAGGAACUGCUCAUAAAUGAUACAGAUUACACUAGGUUGUUUGGCCUAACACCUCUCUAUAAUCAAACUGUCUAUAAAUCAGCUGAGAUCACAACAGUCUUGGUAUUGACCAAUAAUACAACAGAAGAUGUUAACUCUACUGGAAUCGAAGAACACUCAGAUCCCAGAGUAUUUGUUUACUCUGACCUAGAAUGGGCUGCAUUUGUGAAUCCUAUAGCUAUUUACAUGCUCUUCUAUCUUUUAAUUCUAGAGGCUAAAGAACUGCUUAAACCUGAGCUGCAAAAGAAACAGGGUCCCUUCAGCCGUUUGGAAAGCGGCAGCUUGACCAGACACGUUUCUACUCGCCUAUCUGCGCGCAGUACGGUGCCAUCUCUCACGCGUCGACCCACCACGCGCAACAGGUGGCAGAGCGCCACCCGCAAAGUCAGGCUUAUAAGAGGUGUAAGUCCUUCGAAGAGGCAUGGAUCUGGAAAGAGGAGUGGUAUCUUCCAAGAUUCAACAGGCAGCGUGACUGUUACUGGCGACAAUACUGAAGAUAUACCAUUGGAUGAGUUGGACCAGGAGUAUGAGCCUACAGUCUUGGAAAACAUCUUUUAUGCCAUGGAAUCUAUCGCACAACUCAUCGUAAGAUCAUCUUACAUAGGAACAAAUAUCAUCAUGAUGGCUUGGAGUAUAACAUACCUGAGUUGGCUAACCUUUGUACUGCUAAUAUGGGCCAAUUUAAUCUGGUUAGUACCAAAUCAACGCAAAUCAAUGCUGAGAUCCAGUCCAUUUCUGGUCAUAUACGCUUGGUUUCUUCUGAUUUCUGCCUACAUUUACUCUGUGGAUGUCGAUUUACCAGCAACAUUCGAGGGUCUAGAUCUCGCAGAGAUUGGCUUCGUAAAAAUGAUCCAUCUUCCUUGCGCUCCUUUAUUUGUCAAAUGCCUCUAUACAACAAUGUUUUGGGUUACACUUCGUCAGUACAUACAGGAGAGAGCUGAGGAGAGACACAGUAGUGCUUUGGCUGACAUGGCGGCUCCAUUACAAAUUACGGUUGGGGCAGCAUCGGCAGGAACAAAUAGGAGCAACGCCGCGGGAGCUGACGGCCAAGAAAAAACUGGAAGCAAGGUAAUGGAACGCAUAGGUCAACAUUUGAAGAGGUUCCUUACGAAAUUCUGGAUAUGGGUGGUUGCAAUCACCCUGUUUGCUGUAGCCAUAACAGGUCAGAGGAUGACAGGUUUCAGGAUUCUCUAUAUGGCCCUGUUCCUCAUUUUUAUUCUAUCCUUCCAGUUCUCUUUUCAAAUAUGGAGGAAAAUGAUGUUUGGAUUUUGGCUCACGGUCAUCAUAUAUUCUAUGAUAAUACUGGUGAUGGUAUACACGUAUCAGUUCAAGAACUUUCCCAAGUACUGGACAGAGUAUCUUCAUAUACCAGAGGAACAGCAGCUGGACAUUGGCCUUGAACAGUUUGAGACCACUCAGUUGUUUGUUCGCCUGGUAACACCAACAUUCUUCGUGAUCAUCACUGUGAUCCAGCUCCAUUACUUUCACAACGAUUUCAUGGUUCUUUCUGAUCCGAAGAACGCUAACCUUGUAGAUGCAGUCGUUGAAGAUUUGGAACAAAGCAGUAUGCAAGGAGGGGCUUAUGUAGACAGAAGUGAGAAGGAGGAGCCUUCGUCGCAAAUACAAUUUGAUUUAUAUGAUUUAGAUAACAUAACCUCUGCUCAGUUCCAACUACUCCUCAAGCAAUGGCUAAAGCGACUUCACCGAGCCAAGAACCUUUGCUACUUAUUCCUAGAGCUGCACAUGGCUAAAGCAGUCCUACUUUUCGCCAUGUUGAUGUGUGUCUACGACAAGUGUGCCCUCUACUUCAUCAUUGUUGUGCUGAUCUCGUUGGCACUAACAUUUGGCAGGCCUAUGCAAACUUUCGCCAUCUACUUUAGCUCUCUACUUGUAUCUAUUAUGCUUCUCGCCAGGAUGAUCUACCAGAUUCAGUACAUCACCCCGCAGAAUUGGGACGUUAAUUGUACGGUGACGGAGAAUCCGGACAUAAACAUGACCACCAAAAACAACGCGCCAUGGUUCGGAUUCGAGAAAGGUUCCCACCUACCCACCCUGGUCAAGUGGAAUAUCAUCUACAUCUUAGUAGUCACUUUGUGGGCCGUCAUUUUAGUAAGGCAAUACAAUUAUAGACUAUCCAGAGGCAGGCCUACGACGCGAGCAUUCUUUAUGUUUCCGAACAUAAAAAGAACGGACGCUGAUACGAAUUUGAGAAAUUGUCUUAAGUAUCUAGCCAAUUAUGGGUACUACAAGUUCGGAGUGGAGAUAUCACUGAUGAUGACAGUAGCAGUAAUAGGAACACGAAUGGAUAUGUAUUCCGUAUUGUACGCAAUCUGGCUAUGCAUCCUGUUUUCUAUGAAAAGGAGUACUCUAUCCAAAGUAUGGUUAUUCUACCUCAUUUUCCUUGCUGUAGCACUACCAUUUCAAUAUUUCAUGGCAGUUGGGCUUCCACCUACCCUGUGCCAAGAAUUUCCAUGGGACCGUAAAGACCAACUAUUGCAUUCUCUGCAAGACUGGGCCUUCUUGCUGGACAAUUACCAUUCACCACCUGUGAAGAAGCUUAUUUUAGACUUCGUCCUCCUUCUCUUGGUGUCCAGGCAAUGGUUGGUGUUUAGGAUAGAAAGAAGAUAUGCUAGAGGUGAAUAUGUUGGAGGUUCCAACGACGUAAUAAUACAUAAUGCUGAAGAGAAAGAUUUCAAGAACCCAGUACCCGAUUUUAUCACAUAUGCCAGGUCAUACUUGGACAUUUUCAAAAGGGCAAUUCUUCAAAGUUUCCUGUGGAUAACUUUGGCCAUAGUAUUUUUGGCUGGAACGAAUCGCACCAACAUCUUCUCCUUAGGAUAUUUAGUUGGAGCAUUUGUUUUUCUGUGGCAUGGAUCGGAUUUCUACUUGAAACCCAUACCCACAAUUUUGAAGCAGUGGCAGUGGCUUUUAGGAUACAACGUAUCUGUGAUCUUCAUAAAGACCGCCUUCCAAAUCCUAGGCUGCAUCUUCAUUCACGACAUUCCUACCAAUUGUUGUUGGUUAGUGCAACUAUUAGGCAUCGGCUGUGUACGAAAAUUUGGUGCUAAUGUGGUGGAACCAUCAGAUAGUGACGGACCGUUACCACCAGGUCAACAAGAAUACUGCACUGUACCGAGAGAGUUCAUAGGUAUAGCUUGGGAUGGAUUAUGUUUCGGACUAUUAAUCAUGCAGAGGAGAAUUUUCCAUAGCUACAACUUUUUCCAUAUUGUGGACGAAUGCAAAGCUACCACCAUUUUAGCAUCUAGAGGUGCUGAGUUGAUAGAAGAAAUAAGGCAGAAAAUGGUGCAUAACCAAGAGGAGCAAGAACAUCGUGUUCUAGAAAAAAUUAAAAUGAAAAUGGACAGGAUAAAGGCAAAUCAACAAAAACUUCAAGAUUCGGUAAAAGGUAGACGAAAGUAUAGGAUAAAGCCGCCAGUUACCAACAAGCAGGCUAUCAGAUCUGGCGACUACUACAUGUUUGAUGACCUGGAUGAUGAUGAUGACAUCGACUUGUUACCUGAAGAGCAGACAAUAGAUGAAGAUGAUAGAAAAAGGGGUACAAAUAAACCUGAUAUUGGCGAGCUGCUGAGCACUGCGAUGAAGAGUGACAUGAGCGCAGCUAUCCACAAGCAUUCUCAGGCUGCGGUGACACAACAGCACCCACAGAGGGGUCUCCACCGGCAAUACAGCGCCCCUCUAUCCAGGAAGCGGUCAACGCGCUCCUCUACGCGUUCUCAGCUGUCCGCCGCCUUCUCGGCGCCGCCCACCAUUGAUGAACAUGAUGUAAGAAGUGUACGAAUUCAAGAAGAACCAGAGACUGAAGAAGAACCACUACCCGGAACUAGUAAAGAUGAAGAUUUCAGUGAAUUAACUGAAACAAAAGACACUAUUGGAAGAAAGAUACUACAAAUGCUUCUCUUCAUAUGGGCAUUUAUAGAAAGUUCCAUGAUUAGCCUGACCAACUUCCUGAAUAAAUAUUCUAGAGACUAUAGAUACGUUCUAAAAGUCUUAUCGAAGGAGAAAAAGAUCCUGAAGGAAAAAACAGCAUACAGUGUAGGAUUACGUGUCGGGCCUGGGCAAAUGUGGCACCCAGCUGGCUCCUACCAUAGUCUUCUACGCCAAUCCAUGAAAACCUCACCAACUCCUUCUAUCAUCCACCCAGAAGUUGAAGAACUUUCGCAGUAUGAUCAACCGACAAUAGUCCGGUUAUUGUUAGCCAUAUGGUACAUUGUGAUGAGCAGGUCGGAAAUCUUGUGCUACUCGGUCAUUUUCUUGAACCAGAUGAAGACUUCGACCCUGAUCACUCUACCACUGCCAAUGAUGGUGUUCUUCUGGGGCUCACUGACCAUCCCGCGUCCCUCGAAAACAUUCUGGGUAACCAUCAUCGCAUACACGGAGGCUAUUGUGCUGUUGAAGUGCAUCUUCCAGUUCGAUAUUCUGCAGGGUGGUAGCAGUGCGCUGAACAACGUGGACUCCGGUCCUCUGAUGCCUACAAAACUACUCGGGUUGUACAGGAAAGAGGCUUACGCAAUGUGGGAUUUGAUUUUGUUGCUUGUAGUUUUCUUCCACAGGGUGAUGCUGAAAUCUCUGGGAAUAUGGACAACAUCUCCACCAACAACAGUUGCUAUUUUGAGUGGCGGCGAAUAUCGACUUGAAGACGGCCACUUGAUUCCCAUCUGCAGUAGUUCGCCUAAAACUGAUUCUGAUAAUACUGAGCAUGAUACUCCUAAUUCAGCAGCGAAAUCACAAAAUCGUUCUAAGCCUAGUUCAGGUAGAAGUUCACCGGGUGGAGAGAUUGUAUCAGUGGAAGUUAAGAAAGAAGUUCCAUUUAGAUACUACUCGAAAACCGUGCAAAUGGGGUUUGCAAAAUAUGGGGACGGCUUCAAAACAUGGCUACAUCAACUACUUGACCCUACGUCUCGAGUGGCGGCUGACGUCUAUUCGUUGAUGUUUCUGUGCGACUUCAUCAACUUUUUCGUCAUACUAUUCGGGUAUUCUUCAUUUGGCGCCCAACAAGAUGGUGGUGUAUCAUCGUAUCUAGAAGAUAAUAGGGUUCCUGUAUUGUUCCUCUUCAUGUUAAUAUUGCAGUUCAUGCUUAUUGUAAUUGAUCGUGGUAUCUACCUCAGGAAGAACAUUUUGGCCAAAAUCAUAUUCCAGUUCCUACAAAUCAUUCUAUUACAUAUUUGGUUGUUCAUCGUUUUCCCUGUCAUUACAGGAAGCAAAUGCAACACCGUGCUCCCACCCCAGAUCUACUACAUGGUGAAAUGCUUCUAUCUUCUUCUCUCCGCGUAUCAAAUCCGCUGCGGCUAUCCGACCCGCAUUCUAGGGAACUUCCUGUGCAAAGGCUACGGCUACGUGAAUAUGUUCUGCUUCAGGGGAUUCAUGUUGGUUCCUUUCCUGUUUGAGUUGAGAACUUGCAUGGAUUGGAUGUGGACGGAAACGUCCAUGACGGUUUUCGACUGGAUUAAGAUGGAGGACAUAUUCGCACAUAUAUUCCUACUGAAGUGUCAACGUCAUGCAGAAGACGAGUUCCCACAACCGCGGGGCGAGAAGAAAAACCCAAUUCCCAAAUAUCUUAUGGGUGGUGCUAUGUUGGCAGUCAUUAUUGGCAUUAUUUGGUUCCCUCUGGUAUUCUUCUCCCUUGGAAAUGCUGUAGGAGAGACGAAUGUUCCAUAUGACGUGACACUCGAGAUCAGAAUUGGACCCUACGAACCAAUUUAUAGGAUGUCUGCACAAAGUAAUUCUAUUUAUUCUUUCAAGCCCCAUCAGCUGGAUCAGUUGAGAAUGAUUUACAACAAUAUUAAGAGCUCUGGAACGUUUAUAAAUAACUACGAAGCUGCUGAUAUUGCAGCAGUGAAGUUGAGCAUAGAUUCUGGGAAUAUUUGGGGAAUUUCUCCGCCUGAUCGCAAAAGGAUGGUUGCUGAAAUCAACUCAACUAACCCAGUACAAGUCCGCCUGGACUACAAGAUUAGUCAUCAAACGAGUAAACCAGAAGAUACAGGAAUCAUUCGUAAAGGAAUCGCUAUAACGUUACCAGCUGAAACGGAAGAUCGAACAAACCUUUUGAAGAUGUUGGAAGGACAGCCAGCCGAACCAGUUUUGCUUCAAUAUUUGCUGCCGAAAUUCAUAAAAGUUACCAACAGGGGUACUGCUGAGCCUGUUCAGGAGCUUAUGUUACCAAAACCAGAUGAGAAAGCAGCUUUUUUGAGAAACAUCACGACAAAUCUAAACAAAACCGGAGAAGAAGAAUGGUGGCGAAUUCGCGAAGAAUGCAAUGACACCAAUUUUGAAUUGUUUCUAAAGGACUUGCCAUAUCAAGACUGUUCUAACUCCAUCAUAUUAUACACAUUCAAUGACAAAGUAUUCCCGCCUACACUUGAAUUUAUCUCAGGUGGAGGUAUAAUCGGUCUAUAUACCACCUUGGUGUUAGUCGCUUCACGUGUCCUGCGUGGUUUUUUUGCCGACCAAUGCGGCAAAAUCAUGUUCGAAGACCUACCGAACGUCGAUCGUGUUCUACAGCUUUGCUUGGACAUUUAUUUGGUGAGAGAAGCCUGCGAGUUUGCGCUUGAAGAGGAUCUCUUUGCUAAACUGGUCUUCUUAUUCAGAUCACCAGAAACAUUGAUAAAGUGGACUCGACCUAAAGAAGAGCUAGCUGAUGAUGAAGAUGAUGAGGAUCCUGAAGGUGGGGCAGGAGACCAUUAGAUUUAGACAAGGGAUACCAAUUUGAAAGAAGUCUAUUAAAAAAGCUGUGAGGAGUUAUUGCCCUAUGACAGUUUAUCUGUUGUGGCUUCCCAUAGAAUUUGUCUUCCCCGUGGAAAAAUUUGCUACCCACCUUUCUUUCAUAAAAAGUUAUCUCUUGCCGUGGAUCGGCCACCCUGAGAAAAAUUCCUGCGGACGCCGAUGCACACGAUUCUUUGUUUAUGAAAAAAAAUUUAGUUGCUACAAUGGUUACGCUGGGCAGCACGUAGAAAUCUGUUAAUUGCUACGAAGACUUUAACUUUCGAUUAUCACUUCAGAUACUGUUAUGUACUUCAAAGUAGAAAAUAAAAUUGAAAAUUGAAGGUUUUUUUAUAAUAACAUAACUGCUGCAGGAAAAUCAACAUACUCAUACAAGAUCUCAUUCUAUCUCCCAUAAUGAUUGCAGCAGAAUGUAUUGUAUCUAGACUUCAUUCACCCUCAGAAAAUAAGCCGGUGUAAGUUCCGUCUAUACAUUUAUUUUUUGAAGUUCAAUUAUAUUUGAAAAAUACACAUUUGUGUCUAAAUAUGGUUUUAAAAACUGGCUCUGGAAGAGACUAUAGGGGAUUAUUGUCGAAUAUCUGAAACAAAAACAUGGAAUGAUCUUAUUUUCGAAUAUCUACUAUUUUGUCACCCACACGUCAAUCUCAGAUCCACCACUGUAUGCAAGUACAUGGUUUAAUCUCGUUUUAUUUCUUAUACUCUAAGUGUUUUAAUAUACCUAGUUAAAUUCACUCAGGAAUAUUCAGUAGUUGUACAAUAUUGCUUAUUACUUUUUAUGCGUUUUUAUAUAAAUCGCCAAACACGCCUUUUAACUUUAAAAUAUUUAUAAAUAAUGCAUCACCCAAAAUUAUGUAUUUGUUUUUGUAUUUAUAAAAGUUGUAAGCAUUUCUAUAAUUAAGCCUAGGAAUUUCAAUAUUUCAGGCUAUAUUAAUGAUUUUUAAAACAUUCCUUUAUUUUCUUUUUUAAUCAGUAGUUUUGAUGCAACUCCAGCUGAAUAUUUAAACGAGAACAUACAUAAGAAAUAUGGUUACAAGAAGAAAAACAUAUACAUAUUUAUAUUUAACUAUUUAUGUAAAAAAUAUCAGUUAAG